AUGGGUGGGAAAAUCGGAACCUACACCGUGCUGCUCCAGGUACUGAACCCUGGCAUGGGCGACCUCACCUUGUUGCUGGAAUGUUGUGGAGCUGCGGCUCCUUUGGCGGGUGAGAUCGCUGCCAAGGUGAACACCAAUCAGUUCACUGGCACGGGCAGUGGGCCGGAGGAGCAGAUCAAGGCGGAGUAUGUGGGCGAGGACAAGUGUAGUGCACCUGGCCCGCUGGACACCUUGACCAGACAAGGAGAUCCCACCUGCAACUAUAUGUACGCCUUCAAGAACAAGGAGUGGAGGCAGUAUCAGUACACCUCGAUGUGCAUCGCCUCGGAUGUCUGUGCCGUGAAUGUGGCUGGCUUGACAGCCGGCACCAAGCUGCUUUACACGGUGGUGCUGCAGAUUUUGAACAAGAAUGCGGGGGACCUGGUCUAUGCGGGAGAGGGCUCCAUCGGUUCCUGCUUGGAGGGGAUGAACACGGUGAACCAGGCCAACAUGAGUGGCUUCAAGAAGGAAGUGCCCAACAUGAUGGAUUUGUUUGGUACGAAGAUUCAACUUGGGACCAAGAAGGUCAUGGAUGUGGCGGGCUUGCAGCAGCUGGAGCCCCUGGAAAUGCUAAGCCAGUGUAAGAAUACCUCUUCCACCGGAGUCCUCUACAUCUUUAAGAACAAGUUCUGGAACAAGCAGCAGAGCUACAUGAACAUCUCAAAAUAUCAAACCGACAGCUAUGACGCCGAGAUGGCAGCCGACUACAAAGCGCUCAUGGAUUACCCCUUGCCAGGCGAGAAGAAGGAGAAGCCGUCUCAGACGCCCAAGAAGGGCAAGGACCAGAAGGACAAGAAGGACGAGGGUGACGAGAUUGGCGAGGCCAUCGGUGGAAUCCUGGGUUCGAUCUUCGGUGGCGACGAGGGCAAGGUCUCGAAAGGCAAGGGCAAGGGGGCUGCGAAGAACAAAGACGAGGGUGAUGAUGUAGGUGAGGUGAUCGGUGAUGUGCUGGGUGCUGUCUUUGGAGGUGACCAGAAAUCUGAUGCGUCCAAGAAGGGCCAGAAGGGAAAGGCGUCGAAGGAGGACAGUGAUGGCGGCGACCUUGGGGAGGCUGUGGGUGGCAUCCUGGGUGAGAUUUUCGGUGACAACGACAAGGCAGGUGGCAAGGCCGAGGGAAAGGCCUCCGCAGCUGAAGAAGCUGGAGCCACCAAGGGGAAGAAGGACGAGAAGGGCGCUUUUGGCUUGCUGGAGGGCAUUGGUGGUAUCUUGGAGCAAAUUGGUGAGGAAUCCAAAAAGACUAAAGGAGGAAAGAAGCACCCCAAGGACACCGAGGAGGCCCCUGACACCGAGGAGGCUGCUUCCUCGGUCGCGCAGGUCGCCGCUCCCCCGGCCCCGACAGUGCCAAAGCUGCCAGACCUGGGAAGCGUCCUCAACACGGUGAAGACCGAGGCGACAGCAGCUGUAGCCAAGGCCAAGAGCCAGGCAGAGGCCACAGAGGCAGAGACGAAGAAGGCGGAAGAAGCCGUCACAGGCGUGGAUGAGGCCAAGACGAAGGCGGAAGAAGCUGGGCAGAAGGUGGCAGAUGCCAUCGCCGCAGCACAGGCGAAAGCUGAAGCUGACGCAAAGGAGGCAGCCAACAAGCUCGCUGAGCAAACGAAGGAGGCACAAGCGAAGGCAGAAGCAGAUGCCAAGGAGGCAGCCGAGAAGAUGGCUGCUGCAGCCAAGAAGACGGCUGCCCAAACCAAGGAGACGGCAGAGAAGUUGGCAGAGCAGACCCAAAAGGCUCAGGAGAAGGCAGAAGCAGCAGCAAAGGAGAUGGCCGACAACCUUGCCAAGGCCCAGAAGCAGGCAGCGGCCGAUGCGAAGGAGGCAGCUGAGAAGGCAGCAGCUGACGCAAAGGCGGCUGCAAAGAAAGCGGCUGCAGCGGUGACUCCUGUAGUACCUGCAGUGCCUGAGGUCUCCGCGACCACUCAAGCCACAGAGGCUGCUGAGAAGUUGGCAGAGCAGACCCAGAAGGCUCAGGAGAAGGCGGAAGCAGCGGCAAAGGAGAUGGCCGACAACCUUGCCAAGGCCCAGAAGAAAGCAGCGGCCGAUGCCAAGGAGGCAGCUGAGAAGGCAGCAGCUGACGCAAAGGCGGCUGCAAAGAAAGCGGCUGCAGCGGUGACUCCUGUAGUACCUGCAGUGCCUGAGGUCUCCGCGACCACUCAAGCCACGGAUGCCACUCAGAAGUUGGCAGCGCAGACCCAAAAGACUCAGGAGAAGGCGGAAGCAGCAGCAAAGGAGAUUGCAGACAACCUUGCCAAGGCCCAGAAGCAGGCAGCGGCCGAUGCCAAGCAGGCAGCUGAGAAGACAGCAGCUGACGCAAAGGCGGCUGCAAACAAAGCGGCUCCUGUAGUGUCUGACACAUCUGAGGACAAGAAGGCAGCUGUCAAGGUGGUUAGAAAGGCCACAGACACGGUUAGGGCAGACAACUCUGCAGGAGAACAGGUCUCCCAGAAAGUCACGGAGGAUGCCAAGGAGGCUGCCGAGAAGGCAGUGGCUCAGGCUCAAAACGCAGUGACCAAGAAGGCGGCAGAGGUGGAGGAGGUCGUGACCGUGACCUCGCGGCGUCUCCGAGAGGAUCUCAUCAUCUAA